AUGGCCCAUAAUGGACUUGGGAUCUUCAUCCUCAUCAUCAUUUUACUCCUUGAUCAAAGCCAGCCUGCCAAACUAAAAGCCAGAAAACACAGCAAACGUAGAGUGAAAGAAAAGGAUGGUGACCUGAAAACACAGGUGGAGAAGCUCUGGAGAGAAGUAAAUACCUUGAAGGAAAUGCAAGCCCUGCAGAUAGUCUGUCUCCGAGGAGUGAAAGUACACAAAAAGUGCUACCUGGCAUCUGAUAUCUCCAAGCACUUCCAUGAGGCAAACGAGGACUGCAUUUCCAAAGGUGGGACCCUGGUCAUUCCCAGGAACAGUGAUGAAACCAAUGCCCUACGAGACUAUGGAAAAAAAAGUCUGCCAGGUGUUAAUGAUUUUUGGCUGGGGAUUAAUGACAUGGUCAAUGAAGGCAAAUUUGUUGAUGUCAAUGGUGUUGCCAUUACCUUCCUGAAUUGGGAUCAUGCACAGCCCAAUGGCGGGAAGAGGGAAAACUGUGCCCUGUUCUCCCAGGCAGCUCAAGGAAAGUGGAGUGAUGAGUCAUGUCGGAGCAGCAAGAGAUACAUAUGUGAAUUCAUCAUUCCCUAG